GCGGGAGAGGGAUGCAUGGGGUGCUGGCGGUGCUCCCUGGCUGAGCGGUCCCUGCGAGGCCAGGAAGCCUCGAGCCCCGCAGCCCGGCCAGGAGCAGGGCUCUGGCCGUGCAGCCUCACACCCCGCCGGUUCCCGCAGGUGAACCAGGGGAACAUCCCCGGCAUCCAGAGCACCUUCCUGGCCAUGGACACGGAGGAGGGCGUGGAGGUGGUGUGGAACGAGCUGCUCUUCUGCGACAAGAAGGCGUUCAAGGCCCACGAGGAGAAGAUCAAGACCAUGUUCGAGCAGCUGGUGCUCGUCGACCACCCCAACAUCGUGAAGCUGCACAAGUACUGGCUGGGCGCCAAGGACUCCAAGGCUCGGGUGAUCUUCAUCACGGAGUACGUGUCCUCGGGGAGCCUGAAGCAGUUCCUGAAGAAAACCAAGAAGAAUCAUAAGGCCAUGAAUGCCCGGGCCUGGAAGCGCUGGUGCACCCAGAUCCUCUCGGCUCUCAGCUUCCUGCAUGCCUGCAACCCACCCAUCAUCCACGGCAACCUGACCAGCGACACCAUCUUCAUCCAGCACAACGGGCUCAUCAAGAUCGGGUCAGUCUGGCAACGGGUGUUUGUGAAUGCCCUCCCCGACCACCUCCGCAGCCCCAUCCGCACCGAGAGAGAGGAGCAGCGCAACAUGCACUUCUUCCCCCCGGAGUAUGGCCGAGAGGCUGACGGGACGGCUGUGGACAUUUUCUCCUUCGGGAUGUGUGCCCUGGAGAUGGCCGUGCUGGAGAUCCAGAGCAACGGGGAUGCCCGGGUCUCGGAGGAGGCGAUCACUCGGGCCAGGCACUCCCUGGACGAUCCCAACAUGCGGGAGUUCAUCCUGGCGUGCCUGACCUUCAACCCGGACAAGCGGCCGACGGCCCACAACCUGCUCUUCCACCGGGUGCUCUUCGAGGUCCAUUCCCUCAAGCUGCUGGCCGCACACUGCUUCAUCAACAACCAGUACCUGAUGCCGGAGAACGUGGUGGAGGAGAAGACAAAGGAGCUGGAUCUGAACAUGGUGAUGGCGGAGAUCCGACGCGAGGGGCAGCCCUCGGUGCAGUGGAGGUACUCGGAGGUCUCCUUCCUGGAGCUCGACAAGUUCCUGGAGGACGUCAGGAACGGGAUCUAUCCCCUGAUGAACUUCGCUGUGACGAGACCCCUGGCACUCCCGCGGGCACUGUCCCAACCCCAGGAGGACCCCCAGAAAACCAAGACUCCUACCCCCGAGCCCUUCGAUGUGGAGACGAGGAAGGUGGUGCAGAUGCAGUGCAACAUGGAGCUGAACGAAGACAAGAGUCAGUGGCAUCUCACGCUCCUGCUGGUCCUGGAAGACAAGCUGCACCGGCAUCUGAGCUACGACCUGCUGCCAACUGACAAUUCCAAGGAUUUGGCCAUGGAGCUGGUGCACUACGGGUUCAUCCAUGAGGAUGACUGCGAGAAGCUGGCCAACUUCCUGGAGAGCACAUUCCACAAGUACUGGUCUGCUCCCUUGUGAGUCACCUCACAGAGGUCCGGGGCAGAGAGGGGCCUGCACAAGAGGAGAUGGGAAGCGUGCUUGGCUGGAAGGAACCGUGAGGGUCCCGACCAAACUCCCCCCUGCAGAAGUGACCUGGCCAUUCAUUCCCGGCUGUGUCUCUACAGCCUGUGCGAGGGAUACAUUCUGCCCUGGUUCGGAAAGACAACGGCAAGAGGAGGAAAGAUCAGCGAACAGGAGGGAUGACACCUGUAUCACUGCAACUAGGAAUGGGCACGACUGCACCCUCCAGUCCCCACCCAAUGCAAGCGAGGGAGAGUGGGUGGAGGAGUAUGUGUGGCACCUGCAGCUGGGGCAUGGAAGAUGUCUCCCCUCCUGUCCCUCCCCGCGGCACGUGGGCCAUUGGCCUGCAACAGGGGGGAGCUGAACUGUGGGCUGGUCAGGUUAAAAAAUGCAGAUAGGUAUGAGGUGUGCAUCCACCGCGGUGCCGCCCUGCCCUGCCACGUCCCUCUGCCUGGCUGUGCCCCGCUGCCCUCUCUGCUAUGCCAACUUCCUGUGCUGCACUGGCUGCCUGUGUGCUGUCAGCUUCCCGUGCUGCCGUGGCCGCAUUGCACUGUGCCACCGACUCCCCGUGCUGCACCGGCUGCCUGCAUGCUGCCAGCUUCCCUCACUGCUGCGGGAAGCUGCAUCCUGCAUCCUCUCACUGCAUCCUGCUGUGCUGGCUUGCCAUCCAAGCUGCUUUGCUGAGCUGUUCUGGCCGGGCCUGGCCAGCUGUGUUGCAUGUGCAGACUCGCAACCACUGCCAAAUCCAUAGGUCUAUGGAAAGAGCACACCUGACCACGAUGCACCAAGUGACGUGUGGUGUCUGUGGAUUAAGUACCGUCCAUCAUCACCAUUACAUGGAGAAGCUGCGAUGUUGCUUCUCUUGGGCCCAGCUGGCUGGGCAGGAAAGACAGGUAAAAGGGGGAAGAGGAGGGGCUGGGUGGAGAAAUGUGCUCCAGCUGUUUGGUCCUGGUGGUCUUCUGACUUGUGCCAUGGCAAGCCUGCGCUUGACUCUGCAAGCUGACAACUUCCUUUGUCGCAGCUGCUUCCUUUCCCUGAUGGCUUAUGCUCAGCUUUCUCAGCUCCAUCCCCUGGCUGACAUGUAUCACCAACAAGUUCCAGCUUCAUUUCUCCUGUACUGUAUAGUGACAAAUCCAUUAGCUAACCUCUUCACAAUGCUGGAAGCACGGGAUGGGCCAGACGGGCAUGGGGGACAGCCUGAGGUUCAGGAAUGAAGCACCACUGCAUGAAAGCUUUCUGGCUGGCCACAGCAGACUGUCAGCUCAGCCUCGAGGCUUAGGGAUUUCCUCAACUCUUCCCCCUAAAAUUAUUUUUUCAUGGGAAAAUUCUCACUAAAAACCCAGUGCCAAAGAACCCCAAAUGUGUCAUGAAGUGAAACACAAACUGCAGUGUGCUUCAGUGCUGCAAGCUGACAGAUUGUUCUGUACGCACAGAAAGGCAAGCCCAGCCACAAAGGAGAGCUGCAGAGCACAACACAGCGACUGGCCUAGGAACCGGAGGCUUGUCACGCUGAGCCUGCGCUGUAAGGCACAAAUGGGCUUUGUGACGUAUUUGCUUUCUCCAUGCCCAGCUAGUACAAAACCAAGCCCUGAGCCUACCCACUGUGCCCAGCACACACACGAAGUUGGUAGUGAGCUCACUGGUUGAUUAAAAAUCAGUGCAAUUCAGAAUGCCGUGACUCGACUGCCACAGUUUCUAACUCCUUGAUUCAAUAAACAGCGACACAAUCUCUUCUGCAAAGACAGACUGGAGGCAGAGAUCUGAACCUUUAACUAUUACAACAUAUGGUUUAGCCUCUUCUUAAUGAUCAACCUUCAUUUGAUCAACCUAUGCCGUGGUGUUUAUUUUGGGAGGCGGCAGGGAGGGCAGGUAAUGGAAAGUUCCACAAAGGCCUCUGAGGCUUGUUUUCAGGUUUGCCCCAUUGUUUUUUCACUUGUUAAUUAGAUCAAACCAGGUUUCCACAGAGGCCAUCACAUUUCCUCUGCAGCUUGCAGCCUGCCACGUCCCUCUGAAGCCUCUUUCAAUUGCUUUGGUAAGGCAGGUGCCACUGUUGAAUCGCUUGUGUAAGGUGUGUGCGAGUUAUCAGGAACUUUAUGGCCAGAGGCACCUUUAUAGUCAUCUGGUCUGGUCACGGACCUGCCUCCUGCCCACCGCUUGCAGUGAAGCUGUAGCAAAACUUUUUAAAAGACACAUCUUGAUGUAAAGACUCUAGGUAAAAGGUCAGUUGCAUCGCUAGGUAAGUUGUUCCAAUGGUCAGUUACCUUCACUCUAAAAAUAUCAAGUGCCUUAUUUCCUCUUGAAUUUAUCUAGCUUCAACUCCCAACCACCGGAUCUUAUUAUGCCUUUGUCUGCCAAAUUAAAGAGCCAUCUGAAAUCUCCCCGCUGUACAGGCAUCUAUGCACCGAUUAAGUCACUUCUCUGUCUUCUCUUUUUAGACUUAGUUAAACUUAUUCAAUCUUUUGCUGUCAGGCCAGGUUUUCAGACACUGAAUCAUUUGCGUGGCUCUUAUCUGAAUUCUUUCCAGCAUCCUUUUUGUCAAGAUCAUUUCUGAAGCGUGGAUGCUGGGGUGAGAUGUCAUAUUCCUGCAGCACUGGAACAACAACGCUUCAUACUGAUGAAUCGCCCCCUUCCUACUCCUUGAUAUGCCCCAGCUUAUACAUCCAAGAACUUGUCCCCUGCAUCACUGCAUCAUACUGGGGUUCUUGUUCUGCUGGUUUCCUAAUGUGGUGCUAGGACCUCUGCAGUGACAGUGAAUCCCAGGACACAGUCCCACAUCCUCUAGGUGUGACCCAGAGAUCUGAUGCUGCAUUUUCCUGUGUUUAAAAUUCCUGUUCAAGGAAGUUCACCUGUUCUCGCAUCAAGAGCAUCUGGGAAAACUAGGGGGACACGUUGGGGUGUCAGGGAUCUGUUCCACUGCACAAAUGCCAGGCUGCCAUAUGGUCCCACAGAGAGUGCAGCUAGUUGUAAAUCGGAACAGCUCUGGCUCCUCUACCUUGUUUCAGGGCAGGAACCAUUUCAGGUGGAGAAGCAGGAAGCCAGCUCUCUGAGCAUCCUUGAUUCUCUUGCGCCAAGUGACUGGUGGAGAAUAGAGCCUGGCCCCAUGUUUUUAGCAUUAACAAGCUUACAGCUUUCUUACCAAGCCUUUGCCUUAGGGCUGCUCUUCCUGGUUCAUCAGGAUCGAGCCUUGCCAUUUCUGGAUGUCUAGGAGACUCCUCCUGGAUGAAGCUGAUGCUGAAGAGCUACCAGGAGGCCUGGAAGAGGCACCUUGGGGCACACGUGUACUGCCCCUGUAGCGAUACUGAGACCCCUGCCAAGAAGCAAGCCCUGUUGCGAGCUGAAAAACACAUACUUGCUUUUUGGCAGGGGCCCAAAGAGCUGCCCUGCAGGUGGAGCCUUGGGAAUGGGCUGCGCAGCCCUGAAUCGCUCUAAUGGGGAGCGCAACACACAUGUGAGCGUGCAGUGCAUGUGCACAGGGGCGAGUAAGGGGAGCUUGGCAUCACUGCAGAGAUGCUACAGACAUAACCUAAGGGCAAUGGCGUGAAAGCAUUUCCUUUCUCGGAUCAGACUCCCUGACUUUCUGUCCUUCCAGUCUGACACUCAACUGCAUCUGGAAGAAAGCUGAGAAAAACUAUUUUCUUUUUUUUUUUUUUUUGAGGUAAUCACAAAUCCUUCCUCUCUUGUUGUCUAAUGAUGCUAAAAGAUGUUUACAUUUUGUUAUAGAGGAAAAUACCUUUGGAUAUUAUUGAAGUUCAUGUAGCUCUUGGUUUCCUACUCAAUUUUCAACUUCAGGCACAUUUUGUGUUACACAAAUUCAUCGUGAAGUUUGGUAAUCACUAAAUACUAAUAAUUUAUUUACCUUAUUGAUCAGCAGCUUUUGCAUUAACUAGUUAGAUGACAAAUCCAUUCAUGGAAAACAAGAGCAUAAAGCCAGAAUACCAAGAAAUAAGAUGAGCUGUCCUGCUUUUGAUACAGAUGUGUUAUCGACUGUCCUGCCCACUUUCCAGACUAUUUUAGAGCCUCACCACCACUGCUGUAAUUCUAUCUACUUCCUUCUCUUUGAUCUCCAACAACAAUGGAUUCCAGCUGUGCCCUCCGCUGUCAUCACUGUCAGGAUCCUGGACGACCCUAUGAACUUUCCCGAUAGGCUUCACAAGAACUUGGAUAUGCUUGUCACUUCCCUUUUUAUUUUCUUAAAUUAACUAGUAUUUUUAUUCACAGCUUGCAAUUAGGACUUAACUUCAAAACAUGUAAAACAUUAACUUCACUUGAUAAUUCAGAAACCUCGGAAGUACAAAAAAAUCUAAACAACUAAAAAAUGUAUAUUAUUGACUUUAGAAAAAAUCAUCAGUCUCCCUGAACACACUGCUCUGGUGCUCCACUCUGCACAAAGAUGGUUAUCCGUGCUAGUCUGAAGACAAACAGAAGCCAGGGCAGGAUGGCAUCUUUGAGAUGAACGGGUUCAGAGAGGCAUGACCCCUUGUAGGCAGCGUCCUGCUUUGUCAGGUGCUACGCACUGCACGCUGGCUUCCCACGUGGAGUACGGCCCCAGGACUCAGUCCUGCAGUUCCACGCCCGCUCUUUUAACUGGCCCUAGCAAUCUGAGACCGCGAUGUCCGGCAGCAGUGAGGUGUCUCCAGGACAAGGUACCUGUUGAGCAGCAGAAGGCUUGUGAGCACAAGGGCAGAUUUCAUGGAAGCUUGUCUGGGGGCAUAAUAAUGCCCCCUCCCGGGUUUUGGGAUUAAGCGCAAAUCUGCCCAGCCUCACUUUCCUUAAGUUCUUCACAACCCACUGCAAAAAUCCAAGCUACUUCUCUUCCAAAUGAGGCAGAAAGAAUUAUUUCUAUUUAUAAUCACUUGGAAAAGACAUAAUUAGCACCUAUAGAAGUAAAAACCAUCUGUGUCUUCAAGCUGUGCUAUUCCCUUGCAAUCAUAAUAUUAUUGCAUGCUCUAGAUCCUACAUAUUUCUCUGUGACGUCCCAAGGAAAUCAAAACCACCGCACUUAUCCCGGUAGAGUUGUUUUAGAGGUGACUGCGGCACGCGCGGUAGCUUUGUGCAGCGGGAAGUGCCGACUCUCACAGACUCUCUGCAGGGUGUGGUAACAUUUUGUUCUGCAGCAAAUCACGGGCUCCAUCUAAGCAACUCAGAUGGAGACUGGGACCCUUUGCACCUCAUUCCCCAGAGUAAGUGCAGCUGACAGGGAUUGCUUCCCCCCAACUGCAGCCACCUGCAGCCUCCUGGGGUGUCCUGUGGAAAUGCUGAAGCCAACACUGAGAGAUGAAGCUUAUCUUGGAGCAGAACAUGUAGCAAAGACCUCUGUGAAGAGUUCAAAGUGAAUUAUUUGCACUGCAGAGGAUACAGAUCCUGCCACCACUUUGUUCUCAGGGCUUUGUCUGAGUGGUGUGGACCCUUCUGUAGGAGAAAACCUCCAUUUAGGUUCAAACACUUGAGCCCAGCCCGCUCCAUAGCGCGAUGCCAUUCUCCUGCCCCCAGGCAUGCAUGCAGCUUCCCCCCUGGCUUUUGACAUGAAGUCUCUAGUUUUCCCUCACUUUUUUUUCUGCUAAGCAUCAUAGUAGCAGUAAGGAGGGCAGGGUCACUGGACAGGACAGGGAGAGAGGAUAGGCAUGCACGGUGGGCUCUGCACCCUCCAUGCACCACGGCAUAACAAGGUGCUGCAUUCCACGUGGGAGUGGGAGGGCUGGGGGUGAGAAACCCGAAACGACUGUCUGGAGGGUGGGCGUGAGGGCACAGGCUCCAGCACAGAUUGCAAGGGGUGACUCAAGGUCCUGUGGGGUCUGGGUGUGGGCGGUCCACACGUCACAUGAAAUGAUGUCUUGCUCGUCUCUAUAUUCUGUGAAUGUGCCAAUAAAGUAGUUGGUAUGAGAGAACUGACGUGCAGUAACUCCUUCAUGCUGCCACUCCGGCCGUGACCUGGCAAGAGCGGGGAGUAGCAGGGAGCAAGUACGCUAGGGUCUCAGAAGCUGGCUAGGAGACGGCACUGGAGAAGAAGGAUCCGUGGACAGGCUGGAAAUACUGACGGAGAGGAGGAGACCCAGGAACAGGAGUGACGUGAAGAUGAGCAGAGCGGGAGCGCGGUAGUCUUGGGCACUGGGAAGCGAACGAAUGCCAUUACUGCGGUCUCGGGUGGUUGUCGCAGAGUGGCAGUCUCGGUCGCAGGGAAGCAAGCGAACGCCUUUACUGCGGUCGGGAGGUCGCCGGGGAGUGGUGGUCUCGGGCGUGGGGAAGUGAGCGAAUGCCGGUGCUGCGGUCUCAGGUGGUUGUCUCGGAGCAAUGGUCUCAGGUGCUGGGAAGCGAGCGAACGCCGCUGCUGCGGUCUCGGGUGGUUGUUGUGGAGCGGCGGUCUCGGGCGCAGGGAAGCGAGCGAACACCGUUGCUGCGGUUGGGUGGCCGCCUUGGAGCAGUGGUCUCAGGCGUGGGGAAGCAAGCGAACGCCGUUCCUGCCGUCUCAGGCGGUCGUUGCGGAGCGGCGAUCUCGGGCAUGGGGAAGCAAGCGAAUGCUGGUGCUACCGUCUUAGGUGGCCGUCACGGAGCGGUGGACUUGGGCGCGGGGCAGUGAGCGAAUGCCGUUGCUGCCGUCUCAGGUGGCAACCGUGGAGCGGUGGUCUCGGGUGCGGGGAAGCGAGCGAAUGCUAUUGCUGCUGUCGCAGGUAGCCGUUGCGGAGCGGCGGUCUCAGGCACUGGGAAGCGAGCGAUCGCCGGUGCUGCGGUCUCGGGUGGUUGGUGCGGAGCGGUGGUCUCGGGCGCAGGGAAGCGAGCGAACACCAAUGCUGCGGUCUCGGGUGGUCGUCACGGUGCGGCGGUCUCAGGCACUGGGUCUCGUGCGCGGGGACGCGAGCAACCGCAGCGGAGCGGGGUGGGCAGGGGCCGCCGGCUCUCCAGGCCCCCUUGCACCCCGUCACGGCCGCCGUCCGUGGCGCAGGCGAGUCUUGCUCCUCGGUUGGGAGCCUCAGGC